AAUAAGCUUUAUAGAGGAAAAAAAAGUGUCUUUUGAGCUCUCAUUCGUUUUCUUCAGGACCCAUAUUUUUUCAAUUCUCUGGGUUGGAGAAAAAAUUUCCCAAAUUUCGUGUCUUUCUGAGGUAUAAAGGAUGGUAGGACCAAUAAGAAUUGGCCUCGCAGGCCUUGCUGUAAUGGGCCAAAAUCUUGCCCUCAACAUUGCAGAGAAGGGAUUUCCUAUUUCUGUCUACAACCGAACCACUUCCAAAGUUGACGAGACAGUUGAAAGAGCUAAGCAAGAAGGAAACCUUCCAUUGUAUGGUUUCCAUGAUCCCGAAUCUUUCGUUCAAUCAAUCCAAAAACCUCGUGUGAUCAUCAUGCUUGUAAAAGCUGGGCCUCCUGUUGAUCAGACCAUCAAAACACUAUCUGUUUACUUGGAGAAAGGAGAUUGUAUUAUUGAUGGUGGUAAUGAGUGGUAUGAAAACACAGAGAGAAGAGAGAAAGCCAUGGCCGAACUGGGCCUGCUUUAUCUUGGAAUGGGAGUUUCAGGUGGUGAAGAGGGUGCACGGAACGGACCUUCUUUGAUGCCAGGUGGGUCCUUUAAGGCCUACGAGUACAUUGAAGAUAUCCUUCUUAAGGUGGCUGCUCAGGUGCCAGACAGUGGCCCAUGUGUCACAUAUGUUGGCAAAGGAGGAUCGGGCAAUUUCGUUAAGAUGAUUCAUAAUGGGAUUGAAUAUGGUGAUAUGCAGCUCAUUGCUGAAGCCUAUGAUGUUCUCAAGUCAGUUGGAAAGCUCUCUAACGAGGAACUCCACCACGUUUUCUUGGAAUGGAAUAAAGGGGAACUUCUGAGCUUCUUGAUUGAAAUCACUGCAGACAUAUUCGGGAUUAAGGAUGACAAGGGAGAAGGCUAUCUGGUGGACAAGGUUCUGGAUAAAACCGGAAUGAAGGGCACCGGAAAAUGGACUGUUCAACAAGCUGCUGAACUGUCAGUUGCCGCUCCUACUAUAGCGUCAUCCCUGGACUCAAGGUUUCUCAGUGGUCUGAAAGACGAAAGGGUUCAAGCCGCUAAAGUUUUCAAGUCAAGCGGUGUUGAUAACGCUCUUACAGAGCAAGAGGUGAACAAGAAGAAUUUAAUUGAUGAUGUGAGGCAAGCACUUUAUGCCUCCAAAAUAUGCAGCUAUGCUCAGGGAAUGAACUUGAUACGUGCAAAGAGCACUGAAAAAGGUUGGAAUUUGAAGCUUGGAGAGCUUGCGAGGAUUUGGAAGGGGGGUUGCAUCAUCCGUGCUGUGUUUUUGGAUCGCAUCAAGAAGGCCUAUGACAGGAAUCCUGAUCUCGCCAACCUUCUUGUGGAUCCAGAAUUUUCCAAGGAGAUUAUAGAGCAACAAUCUGCAUGGCGAAGAGUAGUCUGCCUCGCAAUCAAAACAGGCAUUAGUGUUCCUGGCAUGUCUUCGAGUCUGGCUUACUUCGACACAUACAGGAGAGACAGGUUGCCUGCUAAUCUGGUCCAAGCUCAACGAGACUACUUCGGAGCUCAUACAUACGAGAGGAUUGAUAUACCAGGAUCCUUCCAUACUGAAUGGUUCAAGAUUGCUAAACAGUCGAAGAUCUGAUUUUGAGUCUCAAUUGAUGCCUCCUACCGAAUAAAUUGGUAUCAUAAGGUGUUUCUUAGGCGAAGAAUGCUAGUGAUUUCCUUGUCAUAGAGAUAUUUACUGAACUUUACUAUAUUGUUGGCUUAACACUGUUAUUUUGUUUCUUGCUACUGUUCUACGAUCUAAGCAUUUUAUAUAUUGUGGACUGAAGGAUUAAAUCCUUCUAUGCCCCUUCAUAUGAGAAAAAGGGCAUGCUUGGUUGCAUUUGGUUUGACGAGAGCUGAACAUCGCCCUUCAUCUAUUUAAUAACCA